AUAGUCUUACUUGAACUUUCGUUCUUUAAUUAAAGAUCUACACUACUCAGAGUCUCUCUCUCUCUCUCUCUCUCUCUCUCUCUCUCUGUAUUCUGGCUCAAGCUUAAUCCCAGUUGUAACUCUUGAUUCCGUUGUGUCUGGGUCUUAAGUAGUUUAAUUUUCCGGCGAGAUUUGGCCGGAGAAUGGCAUAUAUGUGCGCAGACAGUGGAAAUCUAAUGGCAAUAGCCCAACAAGUGAUCAAGCAAAAGCAGCAGCAAGAGCAACAACAGCAACACCAUCACCACCAGCAACAACUUUUAGGCCUAAAUUCUUUCCCUUUGAAUCCUUGGCCUGCUUCAAUUUCUGCAAAUCCUAAUCUUGGUUAUGCUGGGCUUACCGGUAGUGGUUUCACAGAGCCGUUUCAGGUUUCCGGCGGCGGAGAUACCGGAGAACCGGGGUUUCAGUUUCCACAGAUGGAGCAUCACUCUAGUGGAUUCAGAUUUUCGGAUUUUGGCGGUGGGGCUGGUGGCGAGUUCGACUCAGAUGAGUGGAUGGACAGUUUGAUAGGUGGAGGAGACUCAACGGAUAGUUCGAAUCUGCCUUCUGGUUGUGACGCGUGGCAAAACAAUGCUGAUUUUGGUCUCUACGGCCCUGAUCCGUUUACCGCUUGCCCAACUCGUCUUAGCGUGGCUUGCUCUCCGCCGUCCGAUCUCAACCGAGUCAUCUUCACAACCGAAACCCAGAAAAGCCCUAACCUGGUCACGGCUUGGGCUCCAUCUCCACCAACUCUUCCUCCGCAAGCGGUGCUGAAAGACACAAAGCCAGCUAACCCACCUCCACAAUCCACUCUCAGAAACGACGCUGUUGGUGUAUCUUGUAGUUCGCCGGAAAUCGAGUCAGCACCAGAGCUCUUAAAAGCUUUGCUCGAGUGUGCUCAACUAGCUGAGUCAGAACCAGAGAAAGCUGUGAAAUCGCUGAUUAAGAUAAGAGAAUCGGUAUCUGAACAUGGAGAUCCAACUGAAAGAGUUGCUUUUUACUUCACUGAAGCUUUAUACAGCAGAGUUUCUCUACAAGCAGAGAAAAGCUUGACUAUGUUUGAAACGACAUGCGAGGAUUUUACUCUCUCUUACAAAGCUUUAAACGACGCUUGUCCUUACUCAAAAUUCGCUCAUUUAACAGCUAACCAAGCUAUUCUAGAGGCUACAGAUGGAGCAAGCAAGAUUCACAUAGUGGAUUUUGGAAUCGUUCAAGGAGUUCAAUGGGCUGCCCUGUUACAAGCUCUGGCCACUCGUUCUACCGGAAAACCUGCAAGAAUUCGGAUCUCCGGUAUACCCGCUCCAGUUGUGGGUAAAUCGCCGGGCGCUUCUCUCCUCGCUACCGGUAACAGACUUCGCGAUUUUUCAAAGCUCCUAGAUUUGAACUUUGAAUUCGAGCCAAUUCUGACUCCAAUCCAAGAAUUGGACGAAUCCAGUUUUGGGGUCGACCCAGAUGAGGUUUUAGCCGUCAAUUUCAUGCUUCAAUUAUAUAAUUUAUUGGAUGAAACGCCAGUUGCUGUAGAGACUGCACUAAGAAUGGCCAAAUCAUUGAAUCCAAAGAUCGUCACUCUAGGCGAGUAUGAAGCGAGUUUGAAUCAGAUUGGAUAUUUGGACCGAUUCAAAAACGCUUUGAGAUACUACUCGGCUGUGUUUGAAUCGCUUGAGCCAAACUUAAACAGGGACUCAACUGAAAGGCUCCAAGUUGAGAGAUUGUUAUUGGGUCGCAGAAUUGCUGGUGUCAUUGGGCCAGAGGAAGCAGGAACAAGAAGAGAACGUAUGGAGGAUAAAGAACAAUGGAAGAUUUUGAUGGAAAGGUGUGGGUUUGAAUCAGUUGCACUAAGCCAUUACGCGAUGAGUCAAGCUAAGAUACUGUUAUGGAACUACAAUUACAGUUCACUGUAUUCUCUGAUAGAGUCUCAACCUGGGUUUCUAUGUUUAGCCUGGAAUCAUGUGCCUCUGCUUACCGUUUCUUCAUGGCGUUGAUGGGUUAGCUUGGCUUGGUACUUGUUUUCCACCUGGUAAUUUUUCUCCGGUGUGGAACAGAACAAAUUUAGUGCCUAUAAACGCCAUUGAUGGGUGCUUCUUGACCGGAUACAUGAAACCAGUCUUGGCCUAGUUGUAAUUGGUUAUUCUUAACUGCAAUUAUUAUGGAUUUAGAAAUUAAUUACUUAGCUGUUAGUCUGAGUUUGGCCUUUUAGAUAUUUGGUGUUCUUUUUUAAUCAUUAUUUUUAUUAUUGGCUUUCAUGGUUUUUUUAUCUUUUGUUUUUUGAAACCUUUGAGUAUGACAAAUUGUAAAAAAAAAAUAGGGAAAUGAAAUUCGUGGAAGCAAAGUAAAGUUUCUUUCCCUGAAGUGUCUCUGUAAGUCUGUACAUAAAUUUGAAUUUCUGAUAUGGGAUUUUAUUUUAGUAUUC